ACCACGCCCACCCCCUCCCUUCCACCGCACCCCGGCCACGCCUGCCGACACCCCCUUCCCAACGGAGUAACAGCCACGCUCAGACUUCUCCAAGCGCCCGCGGCGGCUUUGGGCCGCCUUAUAUAUAAAGACGAGUGUGGGCGGGAACGAGGCUUUGACCCACUGGGAAGGUGCUGUCGGGCACCCUUUCCUGGGGAAGCCCUUUCUCCCCGCCAACAGUGGACGGAGUGCGGGUCCUAUGGCUGGGCAGGACGGGAGAAACUAAAGUGGGGUUCAGAAUAUAGUCUAGUAAGGAGACUGUAAGGAAGACAAAGCAUCAGGGGACGAGAAGAGGAAGGGAGAGACAGCUUGAGUUAGCGAGAUCAGUAAAAGCUGAAGUGCUUCAGGGACAAUCAGGCGCGGUGCCGCCGCCUAAAAGAGGGAAGCCGACAGGGAUUGUGGGAGAUGUAGUUUCUCUGGGCGUGCCACGGGAAGAUGGCGGUGGUGGGUCAACCGCGCAAGCGCAGAGGCGAGUCCCAGCUGCGCCUGCGCUGCAGCCCUGGCCGCGCGCCAUUGAGCUGCGGACCGCGUGCCGGGCCUCACACCUUUACUAGGUUGGCGGGAAAGCGGAGCCAUAGGCGGAGGGUUUGCAGAAGCGCUGCCCAAGCUCGCUCUGCCCCUCGCCGGGGGCCCUCCUCGCCCCGGAAGAUAAAGGGGAACAUCACUAUUGAUCGGUUUCCUACUAUUGAUCACUAUUGAUCGGUUAGGAGCUCAGUAGUCCAUCAUUCUCUCCAGUGGGCUGUGGCUACAGGAACACAGUUUGGCCUACAGAGCAGAAGCACCUAGAAAGUAAAACCUCUGAGUUGAGAGAUGGCAGCAUCACAGAACAAAGAAGAAUGUGAGAAAGGACUAAAGAAGAUCUUUGCUCCACCUGCACAAAAAUUGCUUGGUCUGGUGGCCUGUAGCUCUAAUUCAUCCCAAGAGGAGGUCCCAAGGAUCAGUUCUCCAGAGGCAGAGCCCAGACCGAACCUGACAAAGGCCCAGCUAGAGAAGAAGGAGAAGGCUGCUGCUGAAACUGGGCUAGGCAGUGGCCGGGGGAAAAAAGGAAAGACUCAAAACCCCAAGAAAACAGAGAAGAAAGGAAAGGAAAAAUCAAGCAUUACCAAUGAAGAAUUUGAGGAGAUUGUCCAGAUUGUGUUACAGAAGUCCUUCCAGAACUGUUUGGACACCACCUAUGCUCAGUCCAUGGGAUGUUCCAAGCUACACAAGGAACCAGAAAUUGUUUCUUCUGCCACUGGUAAUAAUAGUGCUGAUGGAGAGAGGGUAAUGAUAACUCAUAUUCUAGAGAUUUCAGCUUCUCAGGAAGAUAGACUCCCUGAAAUAAAGACAUCUGUAACAGACCAGCCAGCUCCUGUACCCGCUGUGAAGAAAAUCAGUAAAUUAUCCUCAAAUAAAAGAAAGAAGGAGACGCAAAAUGAGAAUGUGGAAAAAACUCAGAGUGGACCUGAGCACAGGCAGAAAGACCAACCCAAGAAAACAGCUCAGGAUCCUUCUCAGAGCAGGAACCACCAGGAAGAGGAGGAAAGUGGCUUUGGUCAAUGUCAAGUCUGGGUGCAGUGUUCCUCCCCAAACUGUGAGAAGUGGAGGCGGCUGCAGGGCAACAUUGACCCUUCAGUCCUUCCAGAUAACUGGUCCUGUGAACAGAACACAGACUUGGCAUAUAAUCGCUGUGAUAUCCCUGAGGAGACCUGGACAGGACAUGAGAGUGAUGUGGCGUAUGCCUCCUACAUCCCGGGGUCCAUUGUCUGGGCGAAGCAGCAUGGUUACCCCUGGUGGCCAGGCAUGGUAGAAUCUGAUCCUGACCUGGGAGAAUAUUUUCUUUUUGCUUCUCAUCUUGAUUCCUUGCCAUCCAAGUACCAUGUGACAUUUUUUGGAGAAACAGUCUCUCGUGCUUGGAUCCCAGUCAACAUGAUGAAGAACUUCCAGGAGCUGUCCCUGGAAUUAUCUGGGGUGAAAAAGUGCCGGAACAAGGACUACAUACAGAAACUGAAGGUAGCCCUGAUGAUGGCUCAGAAGGCAGAACAGAUCAAUAUUCAGGCCCGGGUUGGUGUGUUUGGUUUCUGGAGCCGAUAUAGUGGAUCUGACAACACUGGGGAAAGGAAAGGAGUUAACAGCCCAAAUUCCUCCUCGGAGAAAGAAGAGGAAGAAUCAGAGUUGGAGGAAGAAGUGGAAGACGAGGAAAAAAAGAAAAAAAGCCUGGCUUUACUUAGUUCCAAGGCAGCCAAAAUUCAGACCAAAAAAUCCAAGUCAAGAGGUGAGGCUGAUAAAAACCCCACUGAUGGACAAAAAGGAACUCUGCAGAAGAAAACAGUGAAGAGACCCCUGGGAAAUGAGCUUGUAGCUCCUCCUGUAGCUAUAAGUAAAGAAGGACAAACAGAUUCAAAUCCUGACCAGCCAGGGCCUAAGAAAAAAUUUAAGCCUCCCCCAGUCAAGCCCUCAGAAAUCAACUUGUCUGAGGAAAAAGAAGCCAGUGUGGUGCCUAAGGGCCUGUUCCCCUCAGCUCACUGUGAGACCCGUCCCACUGUGGGGAAGCAGGGGCCUGAACCCCAGGAACUGCCACCACAGGAGGCUGGGAGUGCCCCCCUUGAUAAUGAAAUCCCCAAUGACCUGGAUCUGGACCAACUUAUGGAGGAGAUCGUAAAAGAGCCGGAAAAGAGAGAGGAGCUGCAGCAAAGAGAUGGUGCAGAGGAGUUGACGAGGGACUUCUCUGAGGAGUAGUGGUGUGCCUGCGUCCCCUGCGGCUGGGGGGAGACCAUCUCAGAAGCAACCCCCCCCCCCCCCGGGGAAGCUAAGUGUUGGGGAAGUUUACCUACCCAUUGCAAGUUGAUGGCAGAGUAAAAGUUGUGCAGUUGACAUGCUAAUAAAGUAAUACAUCGUUGGUUUACUUCAUCUUUAA